AUGGUUGAGUCACGAUCUGGAGAAAUUCCAAUCUCCCUGCCCCACAUCGAUAGCCGUCGCUCUUUCGAAUGCUUUGUCAAGGCUGACUAUAUUGUCGAUAUUUGCUUGAACUAUUUCGACGCCCUUGGCAGAGAGGGCCCUUUCCCUUGUACUUUGCGUGUUUCGAGUGAUUCCACGGUAUUUCCACGUCUUAUCGCUCAAAAACUUGGAAACAACAGUGCCACCUUGACCACCAGUCGCACCGACAACAACAAUGCGUUUGUUAGAGAACUGGAAACAUCUCGCUGGCGUCUAUGA